AUGAAUCACAUUAAGUGGCCCAAUGAGGCCAAUAUUGUGCCAUAUAAACGUCCGAAGACCUUGCAACAGAUUACUGGACUGUUCUAUAACGCGGGCUUUUUAUUCAGUGCCAUGUACCUGCUGACUUCCCUUAUUCUGCGCCCAUUGCUGCUUAGAAGUCACAACCAGCGACUUGAAAUGUCCUAUAUUACCUUGCUGAGGCUCCGGAAGCUUGUCAACGACCUGGCCAAGCGCUUGAAGACGACGCCUGUGACAGUCAUCGGAUUCAACGAGAGGGUCGCCGAAGGUACCAACAGCGGAGUGAAAUACGUCGACAGAUGCAGCCAAACAUCCCAGGAGGACUUUGAGCAAGCGAAUAUGCAUCUCCCACACACGGACCCUUCAACGGAGAAUUGGGAACGCAUAAAUGGGCGUAUCUCCCAAGCAAUCACAAGCCUGAACUCAUUUGCCUACGAGAACGCGCAUACCCUCGACCAUUGUGACCGGUUCAGCUUCGAGGCAAAGCUGUUAGCGGAUUCACUGGACCAGCAUAGGGAUACCUCCUUCAAUAAAAAGUGUACUGAAAUAAGCGACACCAUUAUUGAGCUCAAAAGCUGGUUCAUCCGCGGAUCAGUACCAAGUUAG